GAAGACCACCAAGCGAGAGUGCAGACUUUUCGGGCCUUGGAGCCUGGAGUGUCCGUAAACUGGCAAAAGCCCCAUACUUGAGCUGCACACGUGACAAGUUAGUUGGAACGGUCCGAGCCUGUCCCACGUUAAUGCUGGGGCACGAUCCGAAUUGCCUAAUUGGUACUGACAGUUUAGGCGAUGGAUCUAGCACAGGACAGAAAGACGGUGGCUGUAGCGUUCAUCCAGCAAGUAUAAAACAAAUACACAUAUCUCGCUAUAUACAACUUGUAGUGUCCACUGCCCGCUGCCCGCUGCCCGCUGCCCUGCUGGAAACACUCUACGGUGGUGGUAUGCCCAACAGACUCGGACCCAGGCGUUAUUUGUCAGAUCCAUCACGCUUGUGGCACGCACUGGCCAUGGCUCACAACGAAGCCUGCCUCCAAUCCCAGCUGUCCUCCAAGCCACUCGAGUAGUAGUCUGCUGUCCCACGAGAGAACCUGCCUGUUAUCGUUCCUAACGUACUACGCGACCUCCUACUUCACCCUCCUGAUCAUCCCAUUCUCGCAGGUGCUGCCCCUAAUUUCGCACUUUGGCUCAGUCCCCGGAUUACAUAUCCAAAAUCACCAGACGGUACCAAGCUUGAUCACCA